AUGCCUGUCCAGCUGACAGACCCAAUACCACCAUUCAAUUGCGCAUUGUGUAGUCGUACCUUCAAGAGACAAGUCCAUCUUGCCCGUCACCUCCUCUCGCACAGCAAUGCCAAACACAGAUGCCACACCUGCGGAAUGUACUUUCAUCGCGCCGACGUGCUAGCAAGACAUACAUCGACUCACGACCUGGACAAUCUGGUCCGUCGUCGCAGACGCAGGAGAGGGCCAAUCCCUCCCAAUCUACCUGCAGCACCUGGGACGAUGGUACAGACUCCAGACCUAGAAAGUGGCAGCGAUUGGCUCGAUGAAGCUGCAGAUAGCCUCCUCGAGGGGACGGCCAUCAACUCCCAUAUUGUUCCACAGAACGCAUAUGUGCCCUGUAUUCCGGGUAUACAGAAGGAGGAUUUCCCGUCGUCCCCUUGGACAGGAGAUCUCUCUCUGUACAACUGGACCUUUGAAGACACCACGUUCGAUUUCUUGUUGCCAGAGCCAUCACCAUGUUCUUUGGACCAGCCUAGCUCGGAUCCAUCGCCUCAGCUUGAGCUCUGCAGCAUUACUGGGAUCGAGGAGCUCGAUCCCCCGCGGAGACUGAUCUUCUAUCAACAUUUCACACAAUACUUCCUCCCUUACAUGCCGACUCUACAUGAAAGCACCAUUCAGCGGAGAAAGGAGCCACCAAUCGUGCUCAGCAUUCUCGCGAUUGGGGCGUGCUUUGCCAGAGACGAGGUUAUGGCCGAUCGGCUCCUUGAAAAGGCAAAGAGCGCCCUAGAAGAAGACCAAAUGAGCCCUGCCACACGACUGCAAGUCCUUCUACAUCUAUCUUCCUUUUCUCUCUGGAAUGGGUCCGAAGGAGACCACGAGUGGGCGCUCUCCAAGGCUCAGGAAUUGUCAAGGAUUUUGCAAGUGGUCCUUCGUAAGGAGACCCUUUGUGGACAAGCGCCAACAUGGCAAGAAUGGAUGAGGCGCGAGGAAUGCCUCCGCGCGAUCAUCUCCACGUUCACCUUCUUCUGCCAACUGGACUAUUUUUUCCACGUAUCCACUUCUCUGUGGGUUUCUGACAUGGACAUCCCGCUCCCGGCACCAGAAAAGCUCUGGCGGAUCGACAGCGAAGCAGCCUGGGACCUGCUCAGUCCCAUACCUGAACCGCCAUAUUUCCUGCAUUGCUUCUACGCACUGAUCAAUGUCGACUCGGCGCUGGCGGAGACGCGAGACCAAAUCUCCUACAUUGGACGGAAUUGUCUUAUUCACGCUGUGCUGUCCUACAUCCAGCGGACAAAGCAAGAUCCCCAAGCUUUUGCUGACAGAGAUGCCUUUUGUCGCCGGUCUGCUCUGUCCGAGGGGAAAAAGGCACACUUGAACAUGGUCCUGAACCUGUUCAAAGAUGUCCUCGUGGUGAAUCUUGAGGGUGCUAUACCAAGCCACAAUCGUCAGCUCUGUCUCAUGUUUGACACCGUCAACAUCGUCCAAAUAGCCGGGAUCGAGAUCCAUACGGGCAAAUUUGGCGAUUUCAAGGCCAUGUCUCCGGCAGCUGCGCGACAAGCCUCUGUCUGGUCCUUGGAGGCCUUCAUCAUGCUGUCCAAACUGGAUAUGCAUACCGUGUUGCAUGCGGGGCGGUACGAAUGGAGCGCGCUGGCGUCAUUUGCGCUUUUGCAAUUCAGUUUUGCCCUCCAUCAAUGGGCCACCACCAUUAAGACCCCACGAGGCGAUGUCCGCUCGGCAGAAGAUCAAUCCCUUCUGAAUCGCCUCAAGGUCGCUCUGGUUCGGAUCAACCAGUCUGUGGGACGGGACGAGGAGCUGUGCACGCAGGCUCUCAAGGUUUGGACCAUGACAGUGGGGAGGGUUGCCAAUUUUCAUCGGUCAAGGAUUGUCAUUGCGAAGCUCAGGGAGCUCGUCAAGGAGGAGCAGAGCGCGCAGAGGACGGAGACGGCUGAAGCGCCUCGAUGA